UUGUUUUCGAUUCUUUAUUCAUCAACUAUUAUGAAUUGUUUUCUUUAUGGUUUGAUCUUGUUGAUAUUUUAAUGUCUGUUAUAUUGCACAUUAUUUUUUGUGGGUCUUUCGUACUUUCAAUAAUAAUGGUAUUGGAUUUGGAGAAUUAGGUUGGUGAUUGUUGUUAUCAAUUUGUUUGUUGGAAUUUGAGCAGAAGAAGAGAAGGAAGAUUAAAAUUUUUACCUUUAUGUUUUAAUAGCUACUUAUGUUUCUCUAAUCAUAAAAAAUAAGAAAUGAAAUGCAUCAAUUCUAGUGAAGUAGUUUAGUUUAAGAUGACUUCUGAUGUCUUAUUUUGUUAUGAACAUCAUUGGGGUCAUUAUAAUAACAUAAAAAUAAUGUUUGAGAUCUCAUUUGCUUUUGAAGGUGGAUGAAAGAUUGAAUUAUAUUUUCUUGUUGUCAAAGUGACAAGUUUCUAGUAAAGUAAGAACAAAUGAGGCACAAAACUUGUGGAAGGAUGGUAUUAGCAAUGGACAAUAGGAGUAAAAUUAGUUGUGGAAGCAGAAGAGUGACUUAUAAUUGUGUCACUUGAGGGGAAGUGUGCUUGAGCUAAUUUGAAUUGUAUUUACUGAGACAUGGACAAUGACGAUGAUUUCACCUUUUGCCAGGUUGCUGCACCUAGUGCCCAAGUCGAUCUCGAGCCAAAUAACCUUUCUUCAGAUAUUCAUGCUAUGACUAUGAAAGAUGAGUGUUCAAAUGGCAUCAGUGACAGCCAAAGUAGCAGUAUCCUCUGGAAAGAUGGGUUGCCAAAUAGUGCUAAUUCCAAGGAAGAAACUGUUGGCUCUUUGUCUUUCAAUGUCAUUGAUGCAGCAUCUUUUAAAAGACCUAGUGAUUUGUCUGGACAAGUAGCAUCUCCAGAUACUGGAACUAAAGUAACGAGUUUAAAAGAACAAAAGGCUUCUACUAAAAAGCCUGCACCUCGAGCCAAGGUUCCCUUUGAGAAAGGGUAUAGCCAAAUGGACUGGCUUAAGCUUACUAGAACCCAUCCUGAUCUUGCAGGAUUGAAUGGACAGUCUAAUAAGAGGCGUAUUUCUAUGAAUGAAGUUAAACAACAUAGAAUAGAAGGCUCCAUGUGGACUGUACUAAAAGGUCGCGUAUAUAAUUUGUCUCCUUACAUGAAGUUUCAUCCGGGAGGUGUUGAUAUGCUGAUGAAGGCUGUGGGAAAAGAUUGUACUUCUCUAUUUAACAAAUAUCAUGCAUGGGUGAAUGAGGAAUUUUUGCUGGAGAAGUGUCUCGUUGGUAUUCUGGAUGAUGGUCAAUGAAGACAGUUCUUUUCUCUCAUUUUUUCAUACUAAAGACGACUGGCCUCCAUCAUUUGCCUUUUUAUUGUGGGAAGUUUAUCAUGGUAGUGAUACCUUUUCUGUCCUGCCCUUUACCUCUUCUUUUCAUGUAGGGGGCCGAUAACAUUAUAAGAUCGGGCUAAUGUCAUUUCUUCAUGCAUUUACUUUGUAUGCAGUUCAAAAACAAAACCAAUGUAUUUACUGUUGUACAAGAUAUUCAUAUACAGAGUUGGACACUGCAGAAUUUUAUUCUACUGUGAAGGGUAAGAUGCUAGUGGACUGUAGUAGAAGCAAUGUUACUCAAAAACUUUUAAUUUAUUGCUCGAGUUUGUUGUAA